AUGGACUUCCGAAAAUUAGCCAAAGCCCUUCCAGUGGCAAACGAGUCUACCAACGGCACAGAAUCUUUCGGUCUGACAGAUCUCCCUGGCAGUAUAUUGGAGACACUUGUUCCUGGCUAUGGUCUCAUUUCGCGAUACAUCUCGUCGGCCUUUGGCAUUGACAUCUCAAUCUUCGUGUCGACAGGACUCAUCUUGUUUGCGGCCGUCAAAGCCGGCCAAUUCGUUUUCGAGUACUUGUCCAACGCGUUCACACGAGCAUUCGUCAGUAGCGUCUACAUCGAUGAGCAUGAUGAUCUCUUCGACAUGGUCAUGGGCUGGCUCGCCGACAACCAACGCACGAAGUCGAGACGGACGGUACGAGCAGUGACGCAGAGAGGGUCGAAGGUUGAGGAAACCAUGGACGACUCUCAAGAGACUGGAUUGACUGAUGGUGCCAUCUUCGACUACAACAAGUGGAGUGCCCGUAUACCACCACGGUACGAGCCUUACUACGGCCGCAAUCUCCUCUGGUUUCAGGGACGGCCUUUCUACAUUCAACGAAGCCGGAAGCCGCAAAGCAGCCGCGUGCAAGUCAGCUUCAGCUCGGUCGAAGACGAUCUCAUCCAGAUAGACUGCUUGGGUCGGAACACCGAUCCCAUCAAAGAGAUGCUCAAAAUGAUCAAGAUCAAUUCCCUCGAGAAGCUGCAGAACACCACCACAAUCCGACACCCGACUCCGAAGGAUCGUGCCCGCUACGGUGGAUCGUGGAGCAAGACUUUUUCUCGUCCUUCAAGGCCAAUGGAGACUGUAAUUCUCGACGACGUCCAGAAGAGAACAAUCAUCACGGACAUGAACGAGUUUCUUCACCCCUCUUCGCCGAAAUGGUAUGCCACGCGAGGCAUUCCGUACAGACGAGGGUAUCUCUUCCAUGGCCCUCCAGGGACCGGCAAGACCAGUCUAAGCUUUGCUCUCGCUGGCAUCUUCGGCUUGGAGAUCUAUGCUAUCAGUUUGCAAGAACCAACACUUACAGAAGGCGAUCUUCUUCAACUGUUCAACGGACUACCGAGGAGAUGCAUCGUGCUGCUUGAGGAUGUUGAUGCCGCGGGACUGUUGCGUGACAGUAAGAGUGACGAAAAGGACAAGAAGAAGUCCAAGAAGACCAAGGCGGAAGAUGAAAAGAAGACAGAAUCAGAGAAGCCCAAGAAAGAAGCAGAGUACACACUGAAAGACCUCGCGAAAGAGCUCAAAUCCAUAAGCACACCCAAAUCGAAGAACAGCAACAACGACAGCAACCAGAACAAUACAGGCCAUCCGAAUCGUGCACCAGGCACAGGAAUCUCCCUCUCCGGUCUCCUCAACGCCAUCGACGGCGUCGCCACCCAAGAGGGUCGAGUGCUCAUCAUGACCACCAACCACCCUGAAAAGCUCGACGCCGCUCUAGUCCGUCCUGGACGAGUCGAUCGCCGCGUGGAGUUCAACCUCGCCAAGAGGGACCAGAUCAGCGAACUUUUUGUUCGCAUGUAUGCUGGCGAUGACCAGACUUCCAAAGCCAACAGACAGAGCAACAGCGUCUUGACCAAUGGCCACGCCAAGCAGGGCAAUGGUAGUCUCUUGCGAAAGCCAUCGCACGUCCAAGGUACAGGACUGACCGACGUGGAAUUGCAGCAGUUGGCAGACGAGUUUGCGGGUCACAUCCCUGACGAUACGUUCACGCCCGCUGAACUCCAGAAUCUGCUGAUGAGGCACAAGAAGGAGCCAAAGGCUGCGGUGGACAGGGCUGAUGCUUGGGUCAAGGAAUUGUUCGCGGAAAAGGAGAAGGCGAAGAAGGAAAAGCAGGAAGCUGAGAGCGAUGACGAUGAUGAAUAG